AUGAGCCUACGGAGAAGUACUCUUUCAGCUCAUAGUGGUGCUUCAUCACGACUGUUGAUGCUUAGCAUCUUUCUUCUACUUAGCCUUCCUGAUGUGAAAGGAAAAGCCAUUUGGACAGCCCACCUGAACAUAACUUUUCAGCUGGGAAAUCGGAUCAUAUCAGAACUAGGAGAGAGUGGAGUGUUCGGGAAUCAUUCUCCUCUGGAAAGAGUGUCUGGUGUGGUAGUGCUUCCUGAGGGAUGGAACCAGAAUGCUUGUAACCCCAUGACCAACUUCAGCCUACCCGAACAGGCAGGCUCAUGGUUAGCCCUCAUUGAGCGAGGAGGCUGUACCUUUACACGUAAAAUCAACGUGGCAGCAGAGAAAGGCGCAAAUGGGGUGAUCAUCUAUAACUACCCAGGUACAGGGAACAAGGUCUUUCCCAUGUCUCACCAGGGAACAGAAAACAUAGUGGCAGUGAUGAUCGGCAAUUUGAAAGGCAUGGAACUUCUGCGCUUGAUUCAGAAAGGCGUCUACGUGACCAUCAUCAUUGAAGUGGGGAGGAUGCAUAUGCCCUGGUUGAGCCAUUAUGUCAUGUCUCUGUUCACCUUCCUGGCCGCCACCAUCGCCUACCUUUUCUUGUACUGUGCCUGGGGAUCGCGAGUGCGCGACUCGACCACUAGGAGGCGCAGACAGAUCAAAGCCGACGUGAAGAAGGCUAUUAGCCAGCUUCAACUGCGUGUGCUCAAAGAUGGGGACAAGGAACUGGAUCCAAACGAAGACAGUUGUGUCGUUUGCUUUGACAUGUACAAGGCCCAGGAUGUAGUGCGUAUAUUAACUUGCAAGCAUUUUUUCCAUAAGGCGUGCAUUGAUCCCUGGCUUCUGGCCCAUAGGACAUGCCCCAUGUGCAAGAGUGACAUUCUGAAAAAUUAA